AGCUUGAGGACGCUAGGAGGGUCUGUCACUAGGAGACUUCAGGCUGUAAACACUGCCAUGGCCCCUGUGCUUAGCAAGGACUCGGCGGACAUCGAGAGUAUCCUGGCUCUAAAUCCUCGAACACAAACUCAUGCAGCGCUGCGUUCCACUUCAGCCAAGAAAGUAGACAAGAAACAUUGGAAAAGAAAUACUGAUAAAAACUGCUCUAAAUGCGAGAAGCUGGAGAAUAAUUUUGAUGACAUCAAGCACACGACUCUUGGUGAGCGAGGAGCUCUCCGAGAAGCAAUGAGAUGCCUGAAAUGUGCUGAUGCCCCCUGUCAGAAGAGCUGUCCAACUAAUCUAGAUAUCAAAUCAUUCAUCACAAGUAUUGCAAACAAGAACUAUUAUGGAGCUGCUAAGAUGAUUUUUUCUGACAACCCACUUGGUCUGACCUGUGGAAUGGUAUGUCCAACCUCUGACCUUUGUGUGGGUGGAUGCAAUUUAUAUGCCACUGAAGAGGGACCAAUUAAUAUAGGUGGAUUGCAGCAGUUUGCCACUGAGGUUUUCAAAACAAUGAAUAUCACACAAAUUCGAGAUCCUUCUCUGCCUCCCCCCGAAAAAAUGCCUGAAGCCUAUUCUGCAAAAAUUGCUCUUUUUGGUGCUGGGCCUGCAAGUAUAAGUUGUGCUUCCUUUUUGGCUCGAUUAGGCUACUCUGACAUCACUAUCUUUGAAAAACAAGAAUACGUUGGUGGUUUAAGUACUUCUGAAAUCCCUCAGUUCCGGCUACCAUAUGAUGCAGUGCAUUUUGAGAUUGAGCUUAUGAAGGACCUUGGUGUAAAGAUAAUUUGUGGCAAAAGCCUGUCAGUGGAUGAAAUGACUCUUAGUACUUUGAAAGAAGAAGGGUACAAAGCUGCUUUCAUUGGAAUAGGUUUGCCAGACCCCAAUAAAAACCACAUCUUCAAAGACCUGACACAGGACCAUGGAUUUUACACAUCCAAAGACUUUUUGCCACUUGUAGCCAAAAGCAGUAAAGCAGGGAUGUGCGCCUGUCACUCUCCAUUGCCGUCGAUACGGGGAGUCGUGAUUGUACUCGGAGCUGGAGACACUGCUUUUGACUGUGCAACAUCCGCUUUAUGUUGUGGAGCCCGCCGCGUGUUCAUCGUCUUCAGAAAAGGCUUUGUUAAUAUAAGAGCUGUCCCUGAGGAGGUGGAGCUUGCUAAGGAAAAAAGGUGUGAAUUUUUGCCUUUCCUGUCCCCACGGAAGGUUAUAGUAAAAGGAGGGAGAAUUGUUGCUAUGCAGUUUGUUCGGACAGAGCAAGAUGAAAUGGGAAACUGGAAUGAACAUGAAGAUGAGCUAGUCCAUCUGAGAGCCGAUGUGGUCAUCAGUGCCUUUGGUUCAGUUCUGAGUGAUCCUACAGUAAAAGAAGCCUUGAGCCCUCUAAAAUUUAACAGAUGGAAUCUCCCAGAAGUAGAUCCAGAAACUAUGCAAACCAGUGAACCAUGGGUGUUCGCAGGUGGUGAUAUUGUUGGUGUGGCUAACACUACAGUGGAAUCAGUGAAUGAUGGAAAGCAGGCUUCUUGGUACAUUCACAAAUAUAUACAGUCACAAUAUGGAGCUUCUGUUUCUGCCAAGCCUGAACUGCCCCUCUUUUACACCCCUAUUGAUCUGGUGGACAUUAGUGUGGAAAUGGCUGGACUGAAGUUUAUAAAUCCUUUUGGUCUUGCUAGUGCAACUCCAGCUACCAGUACAUCAAUGAUUCGAAGAGCUUUUGAAGCUGGAUGGGGUUUUGCCCUGACCAAAACUUUCUCUCUUGAUAAGGACAUCGUGACAAAUGUUUCGCCUAGAAUCAUCCGGGGGACUACCUCUGGCCCCAUGUAUGGCCCUGGACAAAGCUCCUUCCUGAAUAUUGAGCUCAUCAGUGAAAAAACGGCUGCAUAUUGGUGUCAAAGUGUCACCGAACUAAAAGCUGACUUUCCAGACAAUAUUGUGAUUGCUAGCAUCAUGUGCAGUUACAGCAAAAAUGACUGGAUGGAACUCUCCAAAAUGGCUGAGGCUUCUGGAGCAGAUGCCCUGGAGUUAAAUUUAUCAUGUCCACAUGGCAUGGGAGAAAGAGGAAUGGGCCUGGCCUGCGGGCAGGAUCCAGAGCUGGUACGGAACAUCUGUCGCUGGGUUAGGCAAGCUGUUCAGAUUCCUUUUUUUGCCAAGUUGACCCCGAAUGUCACUGAUAUCGUAAGCAUCGCAAGAGCUGCAAAGGAAGGUGGUGCAGAUGGCGUUACAGCCACCAACACUGUCUCAGGUCUGAUGGGAUUAAAAGCCGACGGCACACCCUGGCCAGCAGUGGGCAUUGGGAAGCGGACUACAUAUGGAGGAGUAUCUGGCACAGCCAUCAGACCUAUUGCUUUGAGAGCUGUGACCUCCAUUGCUCGUGCUUUGCCUGGAUUUCCCAUUUUGGCCACUGGUGGAAUUGACUCGGCUGAAAGUGGUCUUCAGUUUCUCCACAGUGGAGCCUCAGUCCUUCAGGUAUGCAGUGCCAUUCAGAAUCAGGACUUCACUGUUAUCCAAGACUACUGCACUGGCCUCAAAGCCCUGCUUUAUCUGAAAAGCAUUGAAGAAGUGCAAGACUGGGACGGGCAGAGUCCGGCUACCAUGAGUCAUCAGAAAGGGAAACCGGUUCCGCGUAUUGCUGAACUCAUGGGAAAGAAACUGCCAAGUUUUGGACCUUAUCUUGAGCGGCGCAAGGAAAUCAUAGCAGAGAACAAGAUUAGACAGAAAGAACAAAAUGCAGCUUUUCCGCCACUUGAGAGAAAGCCUUUUAUCCCCCGAAAGCCUAUUCCUACCAUCAAGGAUGUAAUUGGAAAAGCACUGCAGUACCUUGGAACUUUUGGGGAACUGAGCCACCUCGAGCAAGUUGUGGCCAUGAUCGAUGAAGAAAUGUGUAUCAACUGUGGCAAAUGCUACAUGACCUGUAAUGACUCUGGCUACCAGGCUAUACAGUUUGAUCCUGAAACCCACCUGCCCACCAUUACUGACUCCUGUACGGGCUGUACCCUGUGUCUCAGCGUCUGCCCUAUUAUCGACUGCAUCAAAAUGGUUUCCAGGACAACACCUUAUGAACCAAAGAGAGGCUUGCCCUUAGCUGUGAAUAAUCUGGUGUGUUAA